AUGGCUUCCACAACCAACGACCAAGAGCUCUUGCCAGAGCAGACGGAGGGGUUCAAGGUGGGAGAGAAGAAGACGAUGGAUGAGUAUCAUAACAUGGAUGCCGAAGAUGAAGCCAUGCAACGCUACAAGCAAUCCCUUGGCCUCGGCGGCGGCGGCAAGGACCUCAGCGACCCCAACGACCCUCGCCACUGUAUCAUCCUAUCCUUAAGCAUGGAUUCGGAAGGCCGCCCUCCAGUCACCAUCGACCUGUCCACCAAAGGCUCCGAAGCCACCCUGAAAGAAAAGCCGUUCAAGAUCAAGGAGGGUGCUAAGUUCAGCAUGACCGCCAAGUUCAAGGUACAGCAUGAGAUUCUGAGCGGGCUGCAUUAUGUGCAGAUUGUGAAGAGGAAGGGUAUUCGAGUCAGCAAAGAUCAGGAGAUGAUUGGUUCCUACGCGCCAAACACAGACAAGACUCCCGUUUACUCCAAGCGUUUCGCCGAAGAAGACGCCCCCACCGGCAUGCUAGCACGAGGCCACUACACUGCCAUAUCAACCUUCAUAGACGACGAUAAGAAGCGCCAUCUAGAGUUCGAGUGGGCUUUCGAUAUUGCGAAGGACUGGUAG